ACAUCUGCUGAACAUUCUAUUAAAAUUUUGCAUUGAGAAAAUAAGAGGUCAAUUCAAAUGUGACAAGCUAAGUCUGCGUUAUCGGUGUUGUAUUGUGCAUUUUCAAACUACGUUGCGGUUUACUUUCUCCAAAACCAAAAAAGGGCGAACUAGUGUCUUAUUUCUAUGCAACUAAUUAGUCAGCUAAAGUAACCUUGUAUGAAGAAAACACCAUUAAUUAAUGAAACUUCUCGAAAUAUUAAAAAUAAAAAAUAUGAAAUUAUUUUCCCUGUGUAAUUAAUACAUACGCACGGAGUGUAUUUUUAAUAUUGUUACGCAUAAAUCUGUAUUUCGAAUUUCAAUUGUAAUAACAAAGGGAAUAUUUUGAAAGGAGUAUAAAUAGCGCGGCCAAACUUUUUUUACUCAUUCUUCACCGACAGCUUUGGCAAUGGCGACUUGUUUUAGCAAUGCGCCUUGUUUGUUUCCAACAAACGGGGCGACACCGGCGGCAUACGCUGCAGCUUUGCAGUACUUCGCAGCGGCGCAGUGCAUUCUGACCCACGACCUGCUCCCAGAAGCCUCAGUUAAAAAUCGCGAUUCAUUUGACUUCAUAGUUGUUGGUGCAGGAUCUGCAGGAAGUGUUGUUGCUAAUCGUUUGAGCGAAAAUAAAAACUACAAUGUUCUGCUCAUAGAAGCAGGUGGCGAUGCUCCUCUUGAAUCUGAUAUUCCUGGCUUCGAAGUGUCCCUGUUUGGUACGGAAUAUGAUUGGUGUUACCGUACUGUCAACGAUGGUAAAACAAGUCAGGCUAUUAUAAACGGAACUGUAGGCUGGAACAAAGGAAAGAUGUUCGGAGGAAGUAGUAGCAUCAAUGCUAUGUACUAUGUGCGAGGAAAUGAUCAAGAUUAUCAAACCUGGUACGACCAAGGGAAUGAGGAGUGGAGCGUCGAUGACGUAAAUCGAUGCUUUAGAAAAGCAGAAAAUCUUCAAGAUGGAGAGCGAUUAAGUGAUCCUGAAAUCAGUGAGUUCUAUGGUCAUGACGGUCCUCUGAAUGUCAACAAAUUCAACAGCACUUUCAGUACAUAUUUGGCUAAGGUUAUGGAAGCGUGGGAAGAAAUCGGAUUUAGAAAUGUUCCCGAUUUAAAUAUGGAAAACGUCAAUACUUCUGGAUAUUUGCUGUCAACAGCAUCUGGUGGAGUUCGACAAAGUACAAGCAGAGCAUAUUUAAUGACAGCAGAAAAGCGAUCUAACUUAAAAAUCUUGAAACAUUCUUUAGUGACAAAAGUGUUAAUCAACAAAAAAACUAAAAGGGCAGAGGGUGUCGUAGUGGAGAAAAACAACCACAAAUAUAGAUUUUAUUCGAAACGAGAAGUCAUAGUUAGCGCUGGAUCAAUUGCUGCUCCUCAACUCCUUAUGUUGUCAGGUAUCGGCCCUGCAGAGCAUCUUAGAGAAAAGGGUAUAACUCCUAUUGUCGAUUCACCAAAUGUUGGACAAAAUCUUCAAGAUCACGUCGUAGCUCCUGUAUUUAUAUACGGUGAUGAACCAAAUGAGGCAACAUUACCCAACACGUAUCUUGAUUACAUGAACUACUUGGUUACACGAGGUGGUGCUUUAGCUCACAGUGACAUAGGUACAGAUGCUAGUGCAUUUUACUCAACUGUUGAAGGUGCUAAUUACCCAGACAGUCAAACUAUUUUGGUUAUGUAUCCUAAAAAUACUCCUGGAUUGAAAGAAGGUUUUAGUCGCACAUUCCGUUACAACGGUACUGUAAUGGAUUCCAUUGUGGAACUAAACAAAAAUUACGGUAUAUUCUUUUUCGGUUUUAAUCUUUUGCAUCCCCAUUCCAAAGGACAUAUUGCUCUUAAAACUAAGAACCCUCACGACGCUCCUCUUAUUUAUGCCAACUACUUGUCAGAUGAAAGAGAUGUAGAAACUGUUGUUAAAGCACUCAAAAUGUCAAGUAAAAUAGUAAAUACAGAAUACUUCAAAUCCAUCAAUGCGUUUUUGGGAAGAAUGGAUAUUCCUGCGUGCAAUGAGCUUGAGCUAGACAGUGAUGAAUAUUGGAGGUGCGUCAGUACUAACUUGGCGUCAACGUUGUGGCAUCCAGUCAGGACAUGUCAAAUGGGGUCUGACAUUAGUAACUCGGUGGUGGACAGUCGGUUAAGAGUUCAUGGUGUUAAAGAUUUACGUGUGGUUGACGCAAGUGUGAUACCCAGCACUACGAGUGGUAACACCAACGCUCCCACUAUCAUGAUUGGAGAGAGGGGUUCUGAGCUUAUAUUAGAAGACAAUGAGUAAACAAUCAAUAUGGGAAACUGAAUUAUUUAGAGCUAUAAUAAACGAAUGAUAUCAAAAA